GAUGUUCGUUAAUUUCGACGCGCUAAUUCGCAACGACAAUUGCUCCAUAUUCGCCGGGCGACGGCAGUGCGAAGACGGACGCACGUCGAUGCGGUGCGAUUUCCCCAAAACGUCCACACGUCGUCCAGCGCCCAUGAAAGAGACGGCUGCGAACGCGAACGGCUGCGGCAAACGAAAGUGGCCGGCGGCCGGUCCUUUGCUGCUGCUGCUGCUCCAGUGCGGUCACGCAGCCACGGCUGUCUCCGCGGUGGCCGCCACGUCCGGGCCACCGAUGGCCGCGCCGCGGCCGCCGCCUCGUACCACGUCGUCGUCGAUGGCCGCUGCGGUGCCGUGGCACGUCAACAGGACAGCCGAGCACGUGGAUGUGUGCGUUUUAAACGCCUGCGAGGCGUACGUGAGGAUGCGCGACGACCUAGCGAACGCGGUGCGGCCGAUCAACGAGAAGUUACACGGGGGUGGUGCAGAGGGCGGUGGCGUGGCCGAAGACCGCGGCUCCGUGCUCGAGGCCAGGCUGCAGCGUUUGGACAGGCGGCUCCGGUCCGUCGAACAGCCCGUGUGGACAAUCGUGUCGAACGGUGACCGGUGGAAACGGUGCAACCACGGACCGUGCAAGUGCAGAACUGAAACGCAUUCGGUGAGCUGCUGGAGAAAGGACUUUGAAGAAAUCCCACCGGGCCAAAUUCUGCCGCACGACGUCAACGAAAUCGAUCUCAGCACCAACCGCAUUAAGUCUCUGCACAAAGAUGUGUUUAAAGACUUGACCAACCUAACGGAACUGGACCUGACGGACAACGAUAUUGAUUACGUACCCACUGCCAUCUUCAAUACGCUGAAAAGUCUUACAAAACUGAGGUUUCACAGAAAUCAUCUGAUUGAUAUGCCGUUGCUGUUCAAAAGAAACUUGAAACUACAGAUAUUGGACAUGUCGAUGAACCACCUGAAACAACUGCCGGAAAAACUGUUUGAGUUCACCAGGAACCUGGUGCUUUUGCAUUUGUACGACAAUCAGAUAGAAAUGCUGCCGAGAUCGAUUUUCCAAAAUCUCGGACGGCUGGAAGACCUCGACUUGUCGGCGAACGCGCUGUCGGAGCUGUCAUCCGACGCGUUCCGCGGCGUCGUGUCAUUGAAGAGGCUGAAGCUACAAGAAAACCAACUGCAACAGCUCCCUUUGGGGGUCUUCGAUGACGUGCAGUACCUGGAAGUGUUGUCGUUAAGGAACAAUCGGAUAUCUUUCAUCCGUCCGGGGCUGUUCAACAACAUGCGACGGCUGGUGUACUUGGAUCUGACCGAAAACUGGAUAGCUAUGCUGAACGGCAACGAGUUCACGGACCUGGUAGCACUGAACGAGCUUCAUCUCGGUCAGAAUUACUUGGACUUCAUACCGCAACGAACGUUCAAGAACCUGGUGUCACUCGAGAAACUUUAUCUUUUCUCCAACAACAUCCAGCAAUUGGACGUGGACAGCUUUAGUGGUCUGAAAAACCUUUCGUCUCUAUUCCUCAACAACAACGUAUUGAAGAUAAUCGAUGACAAACUAUUUGAACCGUUGAGAAAUCUCAAAAAACUGCACAUCGACAGCAACAAGUUCCAAUUUUUACCGACCGAUUGUUUCGAUCACUUACCCAAUUUGGUGUCACUGAAACUUUCCAAGAAUCCGUGGCAUUGUGAUUGCACCAUAUUGUACUUGGCAAGGUGGCUGCGGGCAAACCGGCAGAAAGUAUGGGACUCAAACCCGACGUGUCGGGGCCCAAGGGAUUUGGGUGGCAGACCGGUGGAGGACAUGACGUUCGAAGACUUGUGCGACGGCCAAUGGGCGAGCAUGGUGAAGCUGACACCUCGCGUGCCCAUCCGAUGACGGAACACAACAACAAUAUUAUCGUCGUCGCGGCGUAGGAAACCGAUUGUUAUAAUGGUUUCUUUAUUAUCCGCCACGCUCAAUUGUGUUAUAAAUAUUAUAUUUCUGUUCGCGCAAUUGAUAAUACGUAUAGGCGCAUGCACUUUACGCGCGCGCGUAUUGUUUCUUUUUUUUUUUUAAUUGAUCA